AUGAAUAUUGAUUCAGUGAAUGAUAUACCGGAUACAGUUUACAAACAAUUCGAUUGUUUAGAUGUUCUACGUUUAGCAACAGUUCGUGCAGCUGAGUUAGCAGCAUUUGAGUCAAGUGUUGAUGUUCUUACAGCUUCUGCACUGACAGGACUUCAACGUCUUCCAAUUCGUUUACGUAGACGUGCUGCAAGUCAUCGGAUUAAUAGACUACCUCGGCGGUUUCAUAAACAUCAUCAUUUAUUGAAAGGGAAUAAUAAUAAUAAUGAUAAUAAAAAUAAUAGUAAUAAUGAUAAUAAUGUGAAGAAUAAGAAUGGAUCUCAUUCUGAGUUUAAACAAAAGCUAAAAUCUCGACGUUAUCGUCGAAGAAAAUUACGCCUUAUAGCUUUACAUGCACGUCUAACAACAACAACAGCAGCAGUGGCGACAACAAGUACACAUCAAAGUUCUGCUGGUGUCGUGCAAAAAUCCAAAUCCCUCUGGUUACCAACACAUAUAUGGCAUGCUAAACGGUUUCAUAUGAUUACAAAAUGGGGUUGGCGUUUACCAUGGGCACCAACAAAUAAAAUUUUUAAAUUAUGCCAUAAAGCAUCGCAUAAUGGUUGUCUACUUUUUGAUCAGAGUUAUCUGCAUUGUUUUCAAGUCUACGGACCUGAAUUGUUGCUUGCCAAUUGUCUCAAUGGUAUAUUUCAGGCAGAUUGUCAAAUUGAUUCAUUGUCCCCUGAACUGACUGAAUUGAAGACACCUGCAUGGUCAUGUGAACAGACAGGAAUUUUAUUUACAGCAACUAGUCAAAAUGUAAAGGAUAUUUCUCGUCCUAUCCUUGGACCUGUUCGUAUAUUAUGGGGUUCAAGAAAUUCGCCAAAAGAGAAUUUCCGUCAUAUCUGGUUAUGGCUUCAUCCGUCUAUCUCAGUGACAGCUUGGCAGUUACUUCAAGCAUGUAUUAAAGCAGUGAAUUCAACAUCUGAUGAUAGACAAAACAGUCUAAAGUUGAAUGAUUUAACCGGCUACUUUUGUCGACUUCAUACAACUGGAAGACAAUCGCACGGUUUGAUUAGUGAUAUUUUCAAGCAAGUAGUAAAGGAUGACAGUGAUGUGAAUCCCACGGACACAACGGAUAAUUGGAAACUUUGGAAUCAUCUUUCUACAAAUAUACGAGAAGCUGCCUGUGUACCACCUGGUCUGGUAGUCAUGUUAUCGAAUUGUGAAAGUUUUCGGUUGAAUAGACCACGUUUGAAGAUUCGUAACAAGAAUUGGUGUACAGUCCCAAUCAAACUAAGUGACAAUAAUUCUCAAGCAAAGCCUAUAUCUGACACUACAACGAAAGAAUCUGAUUUUAUAUUACCCUCUGGAAAACAACUAUCCUGGUCAGAUAUUCAAGAGUCUUAUCCAAGUAUUAAUCAUUGUUCAUCACCGGAUCAAUUACUUUCUACAAUAUUGAAUUCAGCUUCAAAUGAAAAUAAACUGGAUGUGCUCUUAAUCCAGAAUAGUACACCUUUACUGACACGUUCAUCACCUGAAAGUAUUGGCUGGGAUAUUAUUCUACGACGUAAUUUUCUACAAUUGAUGAAUAAUACUGACGAAGACAGUCUACUUCGUGGUUCUUUAGCAGCACGUGAUUUCCUUGUAGCUUGUGUUUAUCGUGGUGCUGAAGUUGGUGGUCUACGUGAUUUAUAUCAUUGGGCUGGACUGGGAACACGUGCUGGUGGACAUUUCUACUCUUUCCCGGAUAGUUUAUGGCCUGAUACGAUAGCUGGUCAACAGUCUGCUCAAAUGGUGACUGAAGAGAAAUUGACUCAUUUUAAUCGUCUUCCGCAGAAUAUCCGGCCCGAUUACACAAAAAUGGGUAUAUCUCAUCCAUUCACCUAUCCUUGGUCUGAAUUGAUUAUGCAAUAUCCGUCAGGAAUAGUAAAACCUACAGAUAUGACUGCUUCUACGCCUACGCCUAAUGUUCUUUCGAAUGGGCUGACGUCAACAACAACAAGUACUGCUAACACUGACGAAGCUGGUAAAAUCGCCGUUGAUAAAAAUAACUGGUUUGUUCUACGUGAACCAGCUUUAUUACGUUUAGUUGUGCACAGAAUGAUAACUGGUGACAAUCGGGCUAAAUUGUCUAUACAACAGUUGUACAACUACAAUCCAUCACUUUUAAACGCACUAAUUCUAGUUUAUUUGAAAUCUGAACAACGUGGUGUUCCGCAGUCCUAUGCACGUAUUUAUGCAUUUUAUGAUAGUUCGAGGGAGAAAUGCAUUCAUCAGAUCCAAUCAAAUAGCUGUCGUGACGGCGAUGAUGAUGAUAAGAAAUCGAAUCAGCAACAACAACAAAUGCCGCCUCGUUAUCUCCUUGGUUAUGUACAAGAUGGUGGGUAUGGUCAGUCGAUUGGUCGUGGAAUUGGUUUAGGCUUUAUCAGUUUAAGUGCUUUAUCGAAUGCAUUAACUCAAACUGACUACAACAAUACUACUACUGGUAAUAAUAAUAAUAAGAUAAUAAAAUAUUGUAUUCAAAAUUCGACAUCAGCGCAAUAUUAUAAUGUUAAACUGUCGGUAGUUGUUUGAUGAACAACAGAGCGCGGAACAAAGAAGGAGGAAGAUGAGGAAUAUGUACACUUUUGAAACAGUUAUAUCAAUGUCUGUACAUAUUGUAUUAUAUAUAUAUAUAUAUAUAUAU